AUGUCGGGGCAGCACCUGGACCACCUAGGCCACCGAAGGACCCAGUCAAAAGGUUCCUGCAAGGACUUCACGGUGGCCACCCCUGAAGAAUUUGUUAAAAGGUUCGGGGGCAAUCGAGUGGUCGACAAGGUCCUCAUUGCAAACAAUGGCAUAGCAGCUGUCAAGUGCAUCCGCUCAAUCAGGAGGUGGAGUUAUGAAAUGUUCAAAAAUGAGAAAGCUGUUAGGUUUGUUGUCAUGGUAACUCCCGAAGACCUGAAAGCUAAUGCAGAGUACAUCAGGCUAGCAGAUCAAUAUGUGCCUGUCCCAGGUGGUUCCAACAACAACAACUACGCAAACAUUGAACUCAUCCUUGACAUCGCCAAGAGGACAAAGGUUCAGGCAGUGUGGGCGGGUUGGGGCCACGCUUCAGAGAAUCCAAAGUUACCCGAACUCCUUCACAAAAAUGACAUUUCUUUCAUGGGCUAG